AGUAGUUUAAAAUCAAGUCUAAACUUACAAGGAUUAUACUAUAUUAAAGAACAACAUAACAUUACAUGGUUCGUAACAUUAAAAGGAUUUUUGUUUUCCGAUAUAUUUCAUAUCUUGUAUUAUACAAAACAAAACUGCAAAUAAAGUUAAAAUUAUAAAGAGCAGGAAUGAUUGGAUACAACACAGCAAUGUAUGCUUUGGCCGCCGCAACAUUAGUAAUUGCUGGCCAAGACGAACUCGUGAAAUGCACUCCGGGUGUAUAUGAGAUCAUUGGAAAGGCCGACUGUACGGGCUACUUCUUGUGUGUGUUCGGGAAGGCCAUUGAGAUGCCGCCUUGUCCUCCUGGCUCUGUGUUCAGCUCCAGUUCCAACGUUUGUGUUCCUAAAGGUUCUAUUUAUGAUGACUGUAAGAAAACAACAGAUGGAAGCGGCAGCAAGACCAACGAGUCGCCCGAUCAAGGGCAUCCAAGCCCAGUCGAGCGAUGUGCCAUAGGUGGUGGCGUGUUUCCCCACGCAAGAGAAUGUCAAGCCUUUUACAACUGCAGUGUCCGUUACACACCAGAUAUACCCCGAUUCUUUGAACAACAUCUUGUUGAAUGUACUUAUCCCCAGUUGUUCAACACAGAGACCAAACAAUGUGACCACUUUGAGAAUGUCAAAUGUGGAACCAGGACGGAAUUCAAGGACGGCUGUCAAUACAAAAGCAAUAUGUGCAAAACUUCCCAUUGUAUCCCUUGUAACGUCCGACUACCAAGCUGUGAAGGUAAACGUGAUGGAAUAAACGCUCAUCCAGUCAGACUAUGGACCCCAUUCUUCGUCGUAUGUUACAAGGAGCGCACAGUCAAGGAGGACCUAUGCAAAGUUGACGAAAACGGCCGCACACAGUUGUUCCAUCCGGAAAAGAACGAAUGCGUUUCAUUGGAUAUGAUUCCUCGAGAACACGGGGGAAUGAUGCCUGAGUGCGGUAAGAAAGUAGACGGGUUUUAUCUGGACGAUUUCGGACGAUGUGAUCGUUAUGUACAUUGCCAGGGAAGGAAAUACAUUGGCACGAUCAAAUGUGCUGUAGGAGAAGUGUUCGAUGCUAUGAAAGGCGGAUGCGUACCGAAAGAGAAAGCAUGUGGACCCUGUGGGAGACUCGACCAUUGCUAAAAAGGUUGCUAGAAUGAUGCUCAUACUCAAAUCGAUAAAGAUGGACGAAGUAUGGAAUCACCAAGACGAAAAAGGCCUGUUAUUCUCAUUAAAAAAAAAGAAUCAUGCCGCGUGACCUCACGUGGUAAUACUAUCUAAAUUGACUGUGAUAUGUUUAACAGUGUGUUCCUAUAGACUUUCUAAAAAUCUGAAACACUAUGUAGUUUCAAUUUAGUUUGCAUUUUUAUGAGAAUAUGUUAAAUUCAAUUACCGAUACCGACAUUACAUGUACAUUUUAUUAUGUUCACAAGUGUCUUUGCUCAAAAUUAUCAUACAUUCAAUGUGUGAUUCUUUAACUCUGUGAUAUUUCUAUUAAUUCGGAUAUAUUUAAAAAAAAAAAUGAAUAUAUAUAAACAUGCAGCAUAGGCAAUGAAAUAUUAGCUGAAAUAGAUCAGUUGUGCUGAAAACGAUGAAUAAUAGCCGAUUUAUAACAUUAUUCAUGUUUUGAUACAAUGCAUUAUAUAAUCAUUAUGAAAUAUGAACAUUUAUUUAUAAAUAUAUUGUGAAAAAUCUUUAUAUAAUCAAUGUUGUUGUCAUGUGCAGUGCAUUUGAAAUCCAUGCGUUUCUUGAAUAAAACUGAGAAACUCG